CUCCGCUUCCUUCCGAGCCUUUUCCGUGGUGUUGCUUCUCUUGCCGCCGCCUGUUCUGCGGAAUCAUGGUGUGCUUCCGCCUCUCCCCGGUACCGGGCUCAGGGCUCGUUCUGCUCUGCCUCGUCCUGGGAGCUGUGUCAUCUUAUGCAUUAGAACUUAAUUUGACCAACUCAGAAAAAGCUACGUGCCUUUAUGCGAAAUGGCAGAUGAAUUUCACAAUACGCUAUGAGACUACAAGCAAAAAUUAUAAAACUGUAACCAUUUCAGACCUUGGCAAUGCAACAUACAAUGGAAGCAUCUGUGGGGAUGACCAGAAUGGUCCAAAAAUUGAGGUGCAAUUUGGAUCUGGUUUCUCCUGGACUGUGAAUUUCACAAAGCAGAUGUCUACUUACUCAAUUGAAAACAUUUCAUUUUCCUAUGACACGAAAGAUAGCACAACAUUUCCUGAUGCUAAAGUGAAAGACACCAUUACUGUUUAUGAACUUGUGGCAUUCAGAAUUCCAUUGGAUGACAUCUUUAGAUGCAAUAGUAUACUGACUUUAGAAACGAAUGAUGUUCACCAGCACUUUUGGGAUGUUCAUGUACAAGCUUUUGUCCAAAAUGGCACAGUGAGCACAAAAGAGUUUCUGUGUGAUAAAGAUAAAACUUCAACCACUGUGGUGCCCAUUGUUACCACCACUUUGCCAUCUCCUACUACAACACCUACUCCAAAGGAAAAACCAAAGAUUGGAAACUAUUCGGUUUCUAAUGGUAACAAUACUUGUCUUCUGGCUACCAUGGGGCUACAGUUGAACAUGACUCAAGAUAAGGUUACUUCGAUUAUUAACAUCAACCCCAAUACAACGGACUCCACUGGCAGCUGCCAUUCUCAAACUGCUCUACUUAGACUGAACAGCAGCAACAUUAAGUAUCUUGACUUUGUCUUUGCUGUGAAAAAUGAAAACCGAUUCUAUCUGAAGGAAGUGAAUGUCAGCAUGUAUUUGGCUAAUGGAUCUGCUUUCAGCAUUGCAAAUAACAACCUUAGCUACUGGGACGCCCCCUUGGGAAGUUCUUACAUGUGCCAGAAAGAGCAGACGGUUUCAGUGUCUGAAGCACUUCAGAUAAACACCUUCAAUCUAAGGGUUCAGCCUUUCAAUGUAAUAAAAGGAAAGUAUUCUACAGCCCAGGAGUGUUCGCUGGAUGAUGACACCAUUCUAAUACCAAUUGUAGUUGGUGCUGGUCUUUCAGGCUUGAUUAUCGUUAUAGUGAUUGCUUACCUAAUUGGCAGAAGAAAAAGUUAUGCUGGAUAUCAGACUCUGUAACACUAAUCCAUAUGUGAUCUCCGUUCCAAAAUAAUAAAGCAAGUACAAGUUCCAACAUGCAAUACUAUUCAGUUUAAGGUAUAUUUAGUUGUAGGUCUGAUCUUAGAAUCAGUGGUAUGGGGGAUUUUGUUCUUUAACAAAUGCAAAGACAUCAAAAUUAUAAGUUACAAAUUGGUCACAUGAAUUUGGUUUCCCCAACCAUGGGAUUUAAAUCUGCUAUUUCUGCAGCAAAAGACAUGUACAAAAUCACCUGGAUUAUAGGUUCUAUUUUAUAGGGUUGAAUUAGCAUUUCAGUGUUUUUACUUCAGAUAAUCUGACUAGAAAUACACAGUUUAGGAAAAACAGUUUUAAAAAAGGUUUUUUUGCUUGCAUGUGGUUGAAUUGAGACAAUACAUUCUACAGAGGAUUUGUACUUGCUCCUUUUGCAUUUUUUUUCUGUCAUUUUGUUUGCAGGUUAACUUAGUUGCUUUGACAUUGCUGCAUAUUUGACCUAUGAGAGAUAUGCCAGUUUUGAACCGAGUUUAGUAUUGUUUGUUCUUAGCAAUGACUGCUUGCCUAUGCUUACUGAAUACAUUUGUAUUUAAUGUAGCUGUAAUGACAAAAGAUAAAAAAACCUUUUGAAAUUUUAGAAUAGGUGUUAAGCUUAUUGUUUAAUCCUUUUUAAAAGAACUGGAUAUUGCAAUCUUUCAAAUUGCAAGAUACAAGACUAUUCCAGCUGGGCAUUUCAAUCCAUUUUCUAGGUGCUUUAGAGAUAAUUGCGAGGCAGUGCCAAUUUCAGGCAUUAGUCCUUUGUACCCGUAAAUAGGCCUCUGCCUGCAGCGCUACAGUUAAUGUACACUUCUCUUCAGACUUCCAGUAUCCUUCGUGGCAGUUGUAUGUUUAAUCCUUUCUUGUCUUUUCUUUUCCUUAAAGAAGAAAUGCCAGUAUGUCCUAGAAUCUAGAUAAAGAAGAGCACUUCCACUUACCCAAAGUAAUUUGCACCUAACCCAGAAGUCUUGUUCUUCUCCAUUAAAAAGUUAUUCUUUGUUUCCAGCUUACAUUGAUUGCUACAACAUUUGCUAAUUUGGCUUUCCCAUUUAAAUGGUUCUGUGCUAAUCAAAACUUACAUUAUCAUUGUUCAUUAUGGUAGAAUAAUUAAUAAUUCAUGUAUUUGUGUUCAGUUUUGUCCCCUGGGGAUAUGCACCAAUUGUCCAUUUACCGUACACCACCUAAUGUUUAUAAGAGAAAGCAAAACAUUUUAGCUUCAUAGUUAACACAUCAAGUAUUUCUUGCUGUUUCUAGGUGGUAUUUUUUUUAUUGGAAUGGCUGAGCAAAUAUUUAGAAAUUGUUAAUAUACAGCCAUAUACCAAAGGUGCCUGAGUUUUUUUGGAUGGGAGAUUAUGUAUAUCCCUAUUCACUAGAAAACAAAAUGUCUGGGUUCCACAAUAUUAUUGAUGUUGAAUUAAUCGAGCUGAAAACACACAAACACAUAAGCAAUUGCAUGUUAGCAUGUGUAUGUCUCUAAGUAUCUUUCGAGUUAUACUGGAGUGCUAAAUAUCUUCUCCCACUUUAAUUUGCUCUCUAUUUAGAGUAGCCUGAAAAUCUUACUGGCUCAGAAUCAGAUUCCUGAUCAGCCCCUCUCCUAAAGCUACACUGAGCUGCAUUGCCAGCUUAAGCACUUAUUAUGGACUAAAUAUAAAUCUGAUUUUUAAAAAUUAUUUUUUAUUUAAAUAGUAUCUUAGUGUAAGAUCAUUAACCUUAGAAGAAUGGAUAAUGCUUAUAAGAAUGUAGGCCUUAGGUAUUUCUCAUGAGUCAAAACAAAGCAGCUUUUUAAGAAAAAAUUGGAAAUAGAAGCACAAGUAGGUGGCAGUGGCUUAAUGCUGUUAAGGUUUCUAAAAGUUUCUACAUUUAAUUAUAUACCUGAUUCAUAUUAAAAUACCUCUAAUUAGCACUGUUUUCUAGAUAAUCUGAUUUCAUUGAAUAUUUUUUUUGUAUUUUACAUGGGCCAGUUUAUAUACGGUUAUUUCCAUUAUUAUUUCCUAUAGCCACAUGUUCUUUGCACCUUUUGUAGUUUCAUUUGUUUUACUGGGUUUACACCUUGAUGGUCUGACACUCUCAAUGGUUCUGGGUGAUUUUCAUGUUUUAUCAUUUGUAUAAAGAAACUGGUCCAUGUAAGUACUUCCAUGUUUUUUUCUCAAAUGUUUAAGCCACUAGUUGAUGUAUGGUGUUUCUUUUUAGAUAUUUGCUUGUCCAUUUGCUCAACAUACUGCUUCUAAAAUAAACAAUAAAGAUUCUUUUAUUUCUUAAGGAAA